AUGCCGUACACCAAAGAAAAGGUUCCAAUACAAAAUCCUCAAGAAAAUGCUAUCGUCAUUUCCUUUUCUAUUCAUUACAUUACGCAAUAUGGUCAAGAACUUUAUGUAAAUUUGGAUGACUACACUUGUAAAAAACUGACAUGGACCAGUGGUCAUAUCUGGAAGGGGACAAUUACUCUUGUACGGCCUCGGACAUUAAAAUGGUCAUAUUCUUUACUUUGUGGUGAAAUUGUAUUGAGAAGGGAGGAGUUAAGAUGCCCAAGGAUAUAUUCUUUGGAUGAUAUUCACAAGUAUUACCAUAUUUAUGAUAGGUGGGAUAAUCCCCAGUCAAGUGUUUCUCCAUUGACUUUUGGGGCAUUACCUUUAAGUGAUGAAAAAACGUUUAGCUCAAAUAAUGAGGGAGGGUAUUUUUCUCCACGGUCUUCUCGUUAUAUCACCUCAAUUUAUGUUACACCAAAAAAAGUAAAAGACACUAACUCUGAUGAUGAUAACUAA